UUAUUUUAGGGAAACCUGUUGCUAUGUAAAAGGGACUAUCUUCGGUUAUUUGGUUCAACUGGGUAUUGUUCAGCCUGCAAUAAGGUAAUUCCAGCUUUCGAAAUGGUGAUGCGAGCAAAAACAAAUGUUUAUCAUCUUGAGUGCUUCGCGUGUCAACAAUGUGGUCAUAGGUUCUGUGUAGGGGAUCAGUAUUAUCUAGUAGACAAUAGAAUUCUCUGUUUACCAGAUUAUACAGAACGAAUGGUUUUUGCAUCCCUACCUUCAAAUCCUAGCAGGUUGGCGCAAUUGAAGCGAACUGCCGAUGGUAUUUCCAAAGGGACUGGUCACUCCAAUAUGUAUGGAUCCCCCCUACCCCCCAGCCAGCCUGGGACUCCCCUACCCCCAAUCUCCUCCGUAAAACCUUACAGCAGAUCCCAAGUCUCCACGUAGUUAAUUUGUGAACAUGGUGCCGGGGAAAGUUUUAAAUAAAGUUUUAAAGUUAUUUCUUUUGAAUAAAUUUUAUCAUAUUAA